AUGAAAAAAUUAGCAACGUUUUCACGCAAGUCAGACAGAGUCAAGUUCAGCCCAAACGACAUCCUUAAAGACCUACAAGAUAUCUAUGGGACUGUCCACUAUAGAAUAGCCAAAAUAAGCGUAAAGCAAUAUCGACAAAAACAAAAAAGAUUGAAAAUCAGAUCAGCUCCAAAAGACCUGGACGGAGUUUUAGGAUUGGCUUCAUUUAUUAGAGAAACUGAAGGCUUGUCACCUGUGUCUCCAAGCUCAUCUCCAUGUAGGGCUGCAACCCAUUUGAAGAUCGCGAAGUUUAUAUACCAAGACAUAACAGCGCAUUCCUAA